UCAAGUGUCAGUAACGGUGGUCAUGAAGCAGCUGCAAGCAGCCAAAAAGGAGCAGGAUGGCGGAGACGACAAGAAGCUGCUACAGAAGAAGAAGGUUAAGGAGCUGAAGAUUCUUGACUCCAAGUGCGCACAGAACCUUUCCAUUUUCCUGGGAUCGUUCCGUAUCCCUUACGAGGAGAUCAAGGACGCCGUCCUGGAGGUCAAUGAGAAGGUCCUCACCGAGUCCAUAGUUCAGAGUCUCAUCAAACUACUUCCAGUGCAAGAGCAGCUGAGUGUCCUGGGAGAGAUGAAGGAUGACUAUAAUGACCUGGCAGAGUCCGAGCAGUUUGGAGUAGUGAUGUCCAGUGUGAAGCGGCUGAUGCUGCGACUUCAGGCCACCCUGUUCAAGCUGCAGUUUGAGGAGCAGCUGAGCAACAUCAAGCCCGAUGUGGUGUCUGUGACAGCCGCCUGCGAGGAGCUCAGUAAAAGCCAGACCUUCAGCAAGCUACUAGAGAUCACCCUCCUUGUCGGGAACUAUCUGAAUGCUGGCUCCCGCAAUGGGAAGGCAUUCGGCUUCUCCAUAUCAUACCUGUGCAAGCUGCGUGACACCAAAUCGGCUGAUCUGAAGCAGACGCUGCUCCAUUUCCUAGCUGACGUGUGCCAGGAGCAAUAUCCUGAGGUCAUGAGCUUUGUCGACGAGCUGAUCCAUGUGGAGAAGGCCAGCAGAGUUUCUGCAGAGACCCUUCAGAAGAACCUUGACAUGAUGGGCCGACAGAUCAAGAACCUAGAAAAAGAUCUGGAAACCUUCCCCCCUCCACAGAAUGACAAAGACCAGUUUGUGGAGAAGAUGUCUAGUUUUGUGGGUACCGCCCAUGAGCAGUAUGAGAAGCUGGACCUGCUGCAUAAGAAUAUGGAGAAGCAUUAUAGCGACCUGGGAGUGUACUUUGUCUUCGACCCGAGAAAAAUCUCCGUGGAGGAAUUCUUUGGAGACAUCAACACCUUUAAAAACAUGUUCCAGCAAGCAGUAAAGGAGAAUCAGAAAAGGAAGGAGACUGAAGAGAAGAUCAAGAGGGCCAAGCUGGCUAGGGAAAAGGCCGAGAAGGAGAAAGAGGAGAAACUCAAGAAGAACCAGCUCCUUGACAUCAACGCAGAGGGUGAUGAAACUGGUAUCAUGGAUGGCCUGUUGGAGGCGCUGCAGUCCGGCGCUGCUUUCAGGAGAAAGAGAGGACCCCGGCAAGCAGACUCAACUGUGUCUUUGUCACAGCUGGUUCUGGAGACCUUUUCGCCAACCAGCGACGAGCUGGCCACGCAUUGACCAACAUCCUGGCCAAAGAGCUGAUGCAGGACGACACGCCCCCAUCCAGCAAACAGCCCGCGAAGAAGUUAAAGUUAGAGGAGAAGGAGGAGCCUA